AAACAAAGCUCAGACUAAAUAUGAGAGAAGGGACCGACGGAGAAGGUCUCCAUCUUUCAGCCAUGAGCCUCAACCAUAGACUGUAUGGCCUCAACUUAACGUGUGAGCUGUAUAACUUUCCCUGCAUUAUCGGAAGUGAGUCGAUUGAUAGGACCGAGGGUGGGACUAUUAGUGGUUGAUUAUACGAAAAUGUACGUAUCCUUAAAGCUUUUUCAAUGUCUUGAGUUCAAAUUUCUAUUUUUUUGCUGCGUAUUUAGACUGUCCCUGGUGGUCUAGUGGUUAGGAUUCGGCGCUCUCACCGCCGCGGCCCGGGUUCGAUUCCCGGUCAGGGAACUUACUUUAUGUUUAAUCAUCUUCGAGCAUUUCGUCUCUGCUUAUCCCCUACUGAUGAUAAGUGGCUGUAAGAUCUAUAUAUGUUGCAGUAUGGAGUAUUUCAGGAAGUUAUAUUAUCCCACAAAGAUGAAUUAACAAUGUUUCUGUUCUUCUAAUGGAAAUUCCCCACUAUGUGAUGUUUGAUGAUUAUAAACACAAACAUUAGCAUAAACAAGACGUACUGGGUGUUGGGAUACUCGAGGUGCUUCCACAGUUACUGAUAGUGUAAGGUGGAUUCUGAAGAUGAUCAGUCAGCAACUUAUCUCAUAGCCAAGGAAUUAAGGCAGCAUUUCCUCUGACAAGCACCAGACCACAAGGUUUGAGACAUCAGUCCUUCUUCAUCAUGGUCUCUUUUUAUGAGGUGUUUGUCAUUAGUUUAUAAUUCCUGGCUUUGCCCUGACAGUCAUUUACUGGAACAAACGUGAUUCUGCCUCAAAUUGCAAGUUCAAACUGGAAGCAACCAGCUAAGGAGAUGAGAGUAAACAUUUAAACACAGACGCCAACAUUUAUUUCAAAGGAUAAAAGUUCUGUUAUAAUAAAGGUUUCAUGAAAAAGUUCUGAUUAGGUACAAUUUUCAAAGUAAAAGCCUCAUUUAAAGGAUGAUCAUUUAUAUAAAAUUUGAAUGCCUUUCCUAACAGCUCAAAUAAUACAUUCAUUAAUUCAUCUCAUAGUUUUUCAACAGGACCUUUCCUCACAAAAUUCUUACCAAGAGAUGUGGUUGAAGAACUUGUCCAGCAGGAAGCUUACAUCUCCUGAAGAAGUGGUACUACCAAAAGAUCUCAAUUAUGCAGUCACUCCAGAGGAAAUACCUGUCGUUGACCUCACCACAAAAACAGUGAGGUCCUCACUUUUGAAAGCCUCCCCCUUCAACCUUACCAACCUGGAAAGGAAGGCUUUGACAUCCUUACAGAAAGUUAGGACAUCAUCAUCCUGCCAGUGAACAAAGGAAGAUGCAAGGUUGUUCUGGACACAGCAGAUUACCAUUCCAAGAUGGCCUCCUUUCUCAGUGAUACUGCCAUAUAUGAGAAGCUGAGAAGAGACCCAAAGCUCAUACGAGAAGAGAGUCACUAAUCAUCUGCAAAAACUGGAGAGGGACCAAGCCACUGACAGAAGACAACAGUACAGACUGUACCCAGGAGAAGCCACUUCAUAUGGACAACCAAAGAUACACAAGGAAGGGUUUCCCCUCCGGCCCAUUGUGAGCAGUAUCAACUCUGUCACAUACAACAUCUCCAAAUAUCUUUGUCAUUACAGCAUUACACAUGCUCUUAGAAAAGCAAAUGUAAGUAUGAGGAGAAAACAAAUAGGGAUUAAUAAGAAUAAACAAGAAAUUGCAACAGUUACUAAAAAGUGCAGAAUAAAGCUUUUUACAGAGCGCAGAUUGUUUAAGAAAUAAGCUAUGUACAAACAGAAAGCGUAGGAGUGUACACAAAACCAGUUUGUAGUGCGUUGAGAGUUGUAUGGUUUAAAAAGUAUUGCACGGUUUAAAACAAUGUGUAACACUCUUAGAUUAUUUAAGUUUUGACCUGUUUUCAAACAGAUUACACAGUUGAAUGUAUUAUGUGCAUUCAAUCGAAGGUUACAGCUUCUACAUGAGAACAAGUCCGGUGCCAGUCAGAGUGUGUGACACUCAGAAGGAGGAGUUAUAAAGUGUGAUGGCCCCAGGCAAAAAUGACUUCCUGUCACUCUCUGUGGUGCAUUUAGGGGAAAUGAGCACUGAAUGUGACCGUGUUUAACCAGCAUAUUGUGGGGUGGGUGGUGAAUGCUGUCCAAGAUUAAAUGUCACAGACUCAUCUAACAUCCUCAGCAUGGUCCUGCAGAUGUUAAAGGACCUCAGCCUCCUGAGAAAGUAGAGACGGCUCAGGUCUUUCUUGUAGACAGCUUCAGAGUUCUUAGACCAGCCCAGUUUUUUAUCCAAGUACACUCCAAGGUACCUGUAGUCCUCCACAAUGUCCACACUGACCCCCUGGAUGGAAACAGGAGUCACUGGUGCCUUUGUUCUUCACAGAUCCACCAUUAGUUCCUUAGUCUGUCACACUGAGCUGGAGGUGAUUCUGCUUUCUCCAUGUGACAAAGUUAUUUGUCACAUGGAGAAAGUUGGGCUGUAGUGGUGUGUGUGUUUGAUGCCACCAACAGCCACCAUGGCCAUAUGUGAAAUCUCCUGAGGCAAAUAAUACAGCCAGAGUCCCAUGGCUAACAGUUUAUUAUCUGGGCUACAGAUGUGUUCUUUCCUGAGACUGUAUAUACUAUGGACAACUUUGUUCCGCCUUCCACCACGGAUUUGAAGCUGAAAAGCUCUCAGUAUUUCCGCAAUUUUUCUCCAUUUUCUGAAACCAAUAUUGUACCCACUUCAUCACAUGCGUAACAGAGUUGUACGCAUUCGGCGGAAGAGUCGCUGUGAUGACGCUCUGCUCAAACAGCCUAUCCCCUGAGUGAGCUAUGCAAUCUUCGUACGGCCAUAGGCUGUAUCAAGUGUCAAACAUAGAAAACAUGAACCCCCUAAUAACUUUUAGAAAUAGAGCUGUACAGAAAAAAGAGUACUUGAGCACAAACCAGUCUUACAUUGACUACACAUCAACAUUGCAAGCAGGGGGGAGAACAAAGUAUACUCUGUGUAAUAAAUUUCUAAAGCUUGUCCACAGCGCCAUAAGCUUUGCUGGAGGAGGCGGGAUUUAUAACCUUUACUGCAGCCCGUCACCAGAGGGUGCUGUUCUCUGAGUGGCUUCACCGAAUGAGGAAACAGAUGGCGUCCGUUCUAUGUACAGUCUAUGAUUCUUUCACUGUAAUAUGACCAGGUUCACACCACCUGUUGUUAACAACCACAGUAAGCCCCCUGUAUAUGCUCCUGCUGCUUUAUCCUGGUCCACCUGGAGAGUCUAGAAGCCGUUAAAGGUGACGGUGUGAUCGGUAAUGUCCUGAUGCAGCCACAUUUCCAUAAAGUUGCACUCUGUUUGCCCCGGCAAGCCCUUUUAGGUUAUCCAUUUUAGAGAUCUCACAUUGCCCAUAAUGAGAGACAGUAGACACAACUUGUACCUUCUCUCCAUAAGCUUCUGACCCAGCUGACUUAUGCCACAGUUGUUUACCUCCUCUGCAUCCUCUUUGUGUUUUUAGGUAUUUAUUCUGUAACUUUUUAAAGAAAGUCGAAGAAAUUCAGUGUCUAGGCUGUCUCCUUUCAAACGCUGCUAUCACAAAAGCUUAACACACAGUGUUUAAACUCUUUUAUCUACUGGCUUAAGUGAGGCAGAGCAAACAGGAAGAAAGCCAUGGUUUCUUGAAGCUGUGUACAGUAUGUGACGUCAUGCUUCUUCUUUCCCCAGAAAUGUGUCUCUGUCGUCGUCUACCAGUGAAGGACAAAGAGGAGAGACGGCAGAAGGUAACAGCGUCUUGUGUAAACUGUCAACAUUAAAACUAUUUCUAGAUAAUAGUUUAGGAGGAUUUUGUGUGAAUUUAAGUAAUGAGUUAUCUCACUGCAGGAACAGAUCAACAUAUGUGUUUAUCACUGCUGUGUUUUUUGGAGAUAGAGUAGCUGAAUGUUUCAACAAAACGAUGAAUGAUAACUUAUUCUUUUGACCUUUUUGUGGUCAAAGCUUAAGAACCUUAAAGAUGUAAACUAAAAAAAAAACAGAAAUAAAAGCUGAUUCAACUUUCACAUAAGGAAGAUUGUUGUUUUAAUACUUAUAUGGUUUGCUGUUUGAUAUGUUAUGUUCUAGGUCAGAAAUUUUAUGUAGGACUUUGAAAAGGGGAAGUUUGAACGGUCAGGAAAUUACUGAACGUGGAGAGUUACAUCUUUUAUCUGCCUUCUGUGUGUGGUCCAACAGUACGGUGAGUGUGUUUGUGCUUCUGUUUGUGUGAAACCUGUAGGUUGACUAUGGAGCUGCUUCCUGUCUUUUGGAUCGCCCUGGUGGUUUUGUCUUCCUUGCAGACUGGUGGGUAACUAAAUGCUUGAUUUGUCUUGAACAUUUUUGCAUUUUUUUCAGGUUGGUGUUGCUGUUUGUUCACUCCUUUUUGUUUUGCAUGAUAUUAGAGGAAAUGUAUUUCAUUAUUCACCUAGAUGGACACAAAAUACUCCAAAAAUAUCAAAGAUUUAGAUGAGGGGAGGAGAAUGUGAAUUCAUUUGUACUUAAUCAACAAAUGUGCCAAAUAACUCAGUGCUUGUGGUCAGUGCUUUGUGGCAACAGUCUGUUAUUUCUAUUGUUGUGAAUAACAAACAUGGAUACAGCUCAAAUCACAGACUAUCUACGCAAGAUGAAUGGAGGGAAACCCAAGAUGGAAAAAAGAAUUAUUUUUAAAUCAUUUAACAGGCUUGAAAUAAAUACUUGGUGUAAAAUAAUCUGCCAAUUGAACGUAUCUAUGUCAUUCUUUACUCAUUCCCAUGCAAAAUCCAGACAGGAUUAGUUUGUUCAGGUUAGGGCUGUUCUAACAUACUGUACUGUGAUAGAAGAAUUUAAAACUGAUUUUGUGUUAACAAUACAUAAAUGGUGAUACCAUGAGUCAGGGCAUAAGUCCUUCACACUGGUUAGCGCAUGUCAUUAAACAGAAAAAAAGUGAAGAAGAAGCACCUGUGAGCUUGUUUGAGGCAGCUCUAUGAGUGAUGAUCGAGAAUACCUGACUGCAGACAAAUCCAACAUACAUGUGUGCUGUUGGACCUCUGUAAGCACAUGUGCAGUGGGAAGUUGGACCUCUGCUAAGAUCUUAGCUGUUAUUGGGAAACAAGGCAAUCUCAUUAGCAAAAGUUGUUCUUCCUUGUGUCUUUUUCACAAACUUUAACAGUAAAAAGUCAACAGACUCAACAGAUAUUUUUAACCGCAGUAUGGAAUCAACUCUAAAUUCUCUGCACAUGUGCAGUUCGACCUCUGUUGUCACAUGCAGUCAGAAGUUAAGCACUAUGAUCUCCGCUGUUAUUGGGUGAUCUCAUAUAUAGAGUCUAUGAUCUUACCAGCAUGAAAUCAGUUCUUCGUGCCAUUUUCACAAACCUAAUGGUAAACUCAAUUUAAUGUUACACAUUGCGAAGUCUACAAUUAACCCAGCUAUUUCAAUCCCACAGCUCCACACAUGCUCUGUGAGACCUCUGUUGGCACAUGCUCAGUCUGAAGUUCACAGCUGCCGGAAAGUCUUUUCUAUAAAGUUUAUGAAAAGGAAAGUUAAAGAGUAACAUUAACCAGUGAGAUCACUUGAAACCUUUUAACCUCUGAGAUUGAAGUGAGGUCCAACUUUCAACUGCACUUGUUCCAGAUUUUUCUAAUAUGAUUACAGAGGUCCACUGUGUCUGCAGGUCCUUCUCUCUUCUCUUUGCACCUUGUUUGAAUAGUAACUAAUAAAACUGAAAGAUUUACUGUGACUCCAAAAACAACAUUUAAGCCUCUGUCUCUUCAGGUUGAACAGGUUGAUAUCAGUGGAACAUUUAUGCUUUUGUUGUUUUUGUUCUACUAUGAUCUGCUGGACGUGGCAAAUGAGAGUAUUGUGUUGAAGCAAAUAUAGCAACCUAAAGAAAAGACAGACAAAAAAAUUGAAACAAAAACAUGACAAGCAGUCAUUUAUGAGGCAAUAUUUACUCCAAACAAGUUUCAGCUAUGAGUCACAAACUUGAAAAUCACAAGAAAUUGAAAUUUAUUGGUAAAAUUUAUGAAAUAAUGUGCUCCUCAUCUACAAACUUCUCCUGUUCGCAUACAUGGCCAUCCAUAACCUUGCCCCCCCCUACCUGUCCGACCUCCUGCACGUCAUCACCCCCACUCGCUCCCUCCGGUCCUCCUCCUCCAUCCACCUCUCUGUCCCCCCUGCCCGCCUCAGUACAAUGGGGGGCAGAGCCUUCAGUCACUCCGCCCCCCAGCUCUGGAACUCACUACCACCCGAUCUCAGAAACACUGACUCCUUUCUCUCUUUCAAAACACUACUCAAAACCCACCUGUUUCGCUCCGCAUACUCCCUGUAGCUGUUUUAUCCAUUCCGUGUCGAUUUUUAUCUGUUUAAAAUGCUUAUUGUUUUAUUUAUUGUCUUAUUGCGAUUAUCUUGUUUUUAACAUUGUACAGUGACCCUGGGUGCUUUGAAGGGCGCUUUCAAAUAAAAUUUAUUAUUAUUAUUAUUAUUCCUCUGCCCUUGCCUCAAUUUGACUGAAUGUGUUGUUGUAUUUUCAAGUUUUCUAAAAAAUAUCAUGUCACGUUAUCUCAAGUUAUGGGGGUGGUCAUUUAAUAUAAAAGCCUGACAGGGUAAGCGGGACCCUGAUUCAAGAGCAGAGGGGUCUUGUUUCUUGUCUCAAUCUGCAUUUGCUGCAUCAUUAGCAUGAAUUUCACUGUGUAAGCAUGUGAUGUGUUUUUACAGAGACAGAGGCCGAAGAUGCAGAUGUCUGUCAGGAUAUCAGAAGAACCAAUCAUGUGAGAACCAGCUUACCAUUUAAACUUAAAUACAGAUACAUCUUUUUGACUUUCUUUAAGUUUCCAUAAUGUUUGUAAAACCUUUUCAGCUGUUCGAAAAGAGGUCUUCAAAACAGGGGCUCAAGGUUGAGGCAGCCGCGGUGAAAGAAAGAAACUUCCAAUGUCACCUUUAUGCAACAGAACUACUCAGUUGUUCCUGGUCAUUUCCCACAUUGCAGAAUGACACACACCUCUCUGUCUAUAUCAGGUAGUUUUUCAUGCUUAUAUACCACACAAAUACACAAAAAUGUGUGUAUGUAGUUUUAUCGAGUGUAUAUAAAUGUCCUUCUGUCUAUUCUUGCAGCGUAUGCAGUGACACAGUUCAAACUCUGAGCCAUAUGUUGAAGGAGAGGGUCGGAUCAAUGAAUUUGACUCUGUCCGACCAUGAGUCGGAAAAUGUCAUCCUCCAAUUUAACGUAACCCUGCAACGAGAGUGGACAGUCUACUCAUAUAUUUACGACAUUGAUGAGAUAGGUAUUGCUCUACUGCUCUAAAAUCCUGCACUGUAUGAGAAAUUCAACAUGAAUGGACUUUUAAAAUGCAAAAGCACAGCCAAUGCACACCUGCCUUAUAAUGGCUUAGUCUGUAAUGGACAGAGGGGGUCAACUUAGUUCGUUGCAAAGAAAUAUCUGUGAUUACAUGUCUAUCUAAAUUGGUUUGGUUUUCCUCUGGCUUUGUUAAUCUCAUUUUUACUGAUCUUUGUGUCUCAGAGGUCCUUUCUCCACCACAAGACAUCACUGCAUCAAUCAGUAAUGGAGACCUGCUUGUGACAUGGAGUAAGCCCAUGAACCGGAAAGACUCUCUGCCCGAUUGCUUUGAAUAUGAGCUGGACUUGGGUGAUCAGGUGCAGUAUGUCUGUGUGUAGUACUAUGAGGGUUGACAGUCCAAUGAAUAAGAUACCACCAGGUAUUGUCUUUCCGCCAGAAAUAAAGGGGAAAAAAAGACCAUUUCAAUUAACCCUAGAACCCUAUCACUAUCACCGGGUGAUUUUUACCCAAAAUAAUAUACCCAAGAAAAAGUACUUGUCAUCAAAAUAUAUCAAUAUAGGACAAUACAUGACAAAUUAAAGUAGCUUUCUUUUAUUUUUAACUGUGCAAUGUCCAAAGGGAGAAAAAAAAGUGAUAUGAGGGGACCGUAUAAAAAUGCAACAAAAUAACUGACAUUUGACAUUCAUGACCAAAAAUAUCCUAAAAAAAAAAAAAAAAAAAAUUGAAACUGAAUUUAGUUUCUUUUCCACUUAUUUUCUGGGGCAUGUAAGUCUUCCCUGGUGAAGAUUCAGGGUCCUUGGCACAAUAACAACUGCAGGAGAGAGAACCAAAAUAUGGCAUAUUUUGAGUGAGUUAAAAUGAACAGCUGACUAAAAUAUUUCUUAUUACCAUAUGAAUUUCCUUGAAAAUCACUACUUUGUGAUAGUUAUUCAUAACCACUGUGCUAAAUAAAGAUAGUUUGCAAAUUCCAGGAUAACCCUACUGACCUUUUUCGCCUACAUGCAGCUAUCAAAUCCACCCAAACCUACUUUACCCUCUAUUACUAUUGCUGGGUGAAAAUCACACGAACACGUGCCUGUAGGAAAAAGCAGGUUUUGAAUCAGGGAAACAAAUAUGCCUUCAAAGAUGUCAAAGGCAAUGCUGAAGCUACCUCGGGACCCAUAAUACUCAGACAAACGCAACAUAAUCAAAAUCACGUGAACCUGUUUGGUUAGAUGAAAAUCACCCAGCGAUAGCGUUCUAGGGUAAAAGCUAUAAGCAGUAUUGAGCAGGCCCUUUUACCUUAGCACACAGCGUGAUGCAUGCUAGGAUUGGGAUGUAGAUGUGGGGAUGUGAUGCAGCUUGCUCCUGCUUUGGUGUUUUCUUCAGAAAAAAAUAAGUCAAAAUGGCUCACAAUCUUUUUUGUGUGUUUUAUACAACAUGGAACACAGUCUUCUUUGUUUGUGUAAAGAUGAUGUGUUAGUCCAGUGAAGCCCAUCUUUUCAUGCUAAAUAUAAGGGAGGGCCUGACAUUUUGAAAAUUUGGGUUAACUGCACCUUUUGGGCUGCACCCACCAACUGUAUCAAAUGUGUCAUUGCUCCACUGGGCUGUAGUGUACUGACUGCUCAGGUAAUUUAAGCCCUUCAAAAUACUACUUCCUGUUUGAUGGCAGAAUUUCACAUAGUUUUAUGCGCUCUCUGAAAGGAAUUGGAGAGAAUGUCUCGGGAUGAAUGAGAAGAAUUUUCAGGGGAAAUGAAUUGUGAAAGAUUUGACAGUGGUCAAAUGGGCAUGGCCACUUUAUGUUGUUAGUAAGUAGUGCUGUUUUUUUUCAAAGAUGGGUGUGUUAAGGCCUUGACCCUUCAUGAGCAUGGGGAAUAUUGUCAAAUGUGUUGAUCCAGGGCUGAGCUAGAGUAGUUUAAAAUGUAGUUGUGACCAUAGACUGUAUAUAGAACGGACGCCAUCUGCCUCCUCACUCAGUAGAGCCACCCCGAGAACAGCACCCUCUGUUGAUGGGCUGCAGUAUAGGUCAUAAAUCCCGCCUCUGCCAGCAAAGCUUAUGGUGCUGUGGACAAACUUUAGAAAUUUAUUACACAGAACAUAAAUUUUUCUCCCCCCUGGUUGUGAUGUUGACAUGUAGUUAUUGUAAGACUGGUUUGUGCUCAAGUCCUCUUUUUUUCUGUACAGCUCCGUUUUUAAAAGUUAUUAGGGGGUUCAUGUUUGCUAUGAUUGACACCUGAUACAGCCUAUGGGCAUUCAGGGAUUGCGUAGCUCUCCCGGCGGAUACGCUGUUUGAGCCGAGCGUCAUCACAGUGACUCUCUGCGACUGCGCGGCCGAAUGCGCACAACGCUGCUGCACAGUGCUGGUUUCAGGAAAUGAAGAAAAAUCCCGGAAAUACCGAGAGCUUUUUGGCUUCAAAUCCUUAAACAGGCAGUAGGCGGAACCAGGUUGUCCAUAGUAUAUACAGUCUAUGGUUGUGACACAUCAUGUCAAAAUUCAACUUUGCUGCAUCAUGCUGACCACACCCUCUGAUGAAAACUUGCAGUUGUUGGCUCACAUCAGGGUAAACAUCUUGAGGACAUACUGAGCAAAAAUGCUUCAGAUGUGGUCAAAUCUUGAAAAUUCAGGUCAUGAAGUACUAGCAUGACAUUUCCGUCUGCCACUGGGAGUUGCUAUAACUAGGAUGAAAUACAACAACAUAAACGUGUACAGGUGUUGAUCUGUAUUAUGCAUGGCCAGUUUGGAUCAAUUUGGAGCAUGCAUGGCUAAGUUAAAAACUAUAUCCUGUUUAUUAGCGAAACAGCAAACAUUAAAGGCUUGCCACACCCACCUCCUUUAAAAUCUAGAAAAGAGCCCAAGGAAUUUUAAUCAUUCAGACUCUCUUGUAAGUCUCAGGAACCUGGAUGUGUGUAAAGAAUAUCAAGUCACUUGCUAAAAAAAGGUAAAUGUGGAUGGUAUUUUGAAAAUUUGUGGGGGCACAAUUUGCCCCUCCUACGUUUAAGGCUGAUCAAUUAGGAAACUAUUUCACAGGGCCUGAUGUUGUGGCAAAAGCACAAGAGUUUUGAGUAUGAUAAGGCUCCGGAAAGGGAUCAUAUACAGAACAGAAAAAUGGUCUGAAGGAUUUCAAUAGGGCCUUCACACCGCUCUGUGCUGGGGCCCUGACUAAAGAAGACAGUUUCCAAGAAACCAUAAAUCUACAAAGACAAAUCUGGAAGUACCUUACUAUUUUUUUUGUUGAAUCUUUUGUUAACAGGAGGAACACAAGCAAAUGGACACCAGUCUUACUUACACGCUGUCCAAUGCCAAUCCCAGCCACACCUACAGAGUGAAGAUAAGGACAAAGGUGUCAGAUUUAUGCACAGGAAGCUCUCUCUGGAGUGCCUGGAGCCACACCAUCAGUAAGUGCCAAACAUCUCUGCAAACAUCCCAAACAAUAUUUGAACCAGAAAACGAAUGACCUUUAAAUACCCCGACCACCAGCCUGACUCCACUGUUUUAAAUCUAAUGAACACAUGAACCUCUUUGAGCAUCUCUUUGUGUGGGUUUGUUUGCAGCCUUGGAAAGAACAGAUAAACUCAAUCUACUUGUCAUCAUCUCAAUUUCACUCGGAAUACCCAUGAUCCUCCUCGCUUUGCUGCUUUUAGUGCGCCAUCAAAGGUAUUUUUUUCCAUAUGACCCCCCCUUCUUUUCAAUGUUAUAUCUUCUAUUUUCUUUAUUUUCUGUUUCCAACUGGGCCACACAAACUCUGUUUCUUCUGAAAGUUAAUCAUGGUGAAAGCAGAAGCAGUGAAGUGCAAAAAACAAAGAUGCAGAAGUGAGAAGUGAGAGAAGUGCUGGGGUGGGGGAGGUGUUGUUGUUUUUUUCUUAAAAACUACCGCAAAACAUCCACCCUAAACUUCCUUUGGGUGCAGACAAGAACUUUAAAAAAGACACAGAGGGGGAAACCCGAGGAGAAAACAACAGUAGAUGCUAAAGAGACACACACCUUUUCCCCUUCCCUAUUUUUUUUUUUGUCAGUUUCACUUCUUAAAUGUUUCAAAACUCAAUAAAUGUCAAUGUGUUAUUUUAUCCAAAUACUGCUGAAUGACAGCUGAUGCUGUUGCUGAUGCAGGUUUGUUGGUGUUUUCUGGUAUUUCAGGGUGUUGGAGGUCCUGUUUCCUCCAAUUCCUCGCCCCCCGCAAAAGUACAAAGGUUUCUUAGAGAAAAACGACAUCGCCAAUGUAAGACCAGACCACAAGCACAUUCACCCAUGAUACUUGUUUCAGUUGUAAAACCACAAACAUUUGAGUGAGACUGGUGUCACAGUUUUUCCAUUUUGUAAUGUUUUCAGUUCGCCUACCCUGCCCCGCCAGCUGAGCCGGUGGAGGAGAUCACAGAAGUGGAGGACACAGAUAAGACAUUAUGAAAAGUACUUUGAAGGGGCUCAUUUAGCUAACAGCAAUUCACCAAAGACAACACCAGUCUGCCUGCACUCUGAGGUGCAUUUUCAUCCAGAUCUCCCUUUAAAGACUUGCAGAAAGUGAUGAGUACAUCUAGAAUUUGUGAUUAAGCUGUAUUUAAAGUCCUGUGAUGCUACAGCAACCUAAUAGAAUGUAAAAGCAAAGCAAUAUGACUGUAAAAACAUGCUCAUAAAAUGACUGAGGGCUUUUUGCUGCUUGGACAUGCAACUUACACAACUUUUGACCAGAAUGUGAACAAUUUUUGUGUGAAUUAAAGUAAAUUUGUACAUUUUAUCAUCUGUUUAUUUGACAUUCACACACAUUUUUCAUUACAUGAUGUGGUGCUAAUGUGGCAAAAAUGUAAAUAAAGCAUCAAUUUUAUAAAUAAAACCAGCACUGAAAAAAGGUGAACACAUCAA